AUGUUAGCGACUCGAAGCUCCUUUUGUAUCUUAGCACUGGCCGCUCAGCUCGGCCAGGCUACCUUUUCCCUCGAAUACCCUACGCGGACUGGUUUCAACAUAAACCUACUAGACAGCCCCCCAUGCGGCAUGUUCAACCCCAACUUCAAAACCGACAAUAUUACCAACUUCCAUGUCAACGGAGAUACAAUAUACGUGGCAUCCUUCAUCGAAACCAAAGGGACGUGGCUCUUUCGCGCAACUUUGGACGUCACCGCGGCUAGGAACUGGACUAGCUUACGCCCGGUCAUUUACCCAAACGUUAUGGGACCAUUCUGCGAGCCUGGAGUGACUGUCCCAUCAUCGUGGGCUGGCAGUAAGGGAGUCGUUGGUGUUGUGCAGCACACCGGUGACACUUUGAACUAUCAGUGUGCUGCCGUUCAGUUUGUUGCCGGAAUGGCGACGACAAUCCCAGAGUACUGUGUCAACACGACGGGUCUCACGGCAACUUAUACAUCUGAUGUUGCCCUUUCUUCCAUUCCUGCUACCUACAACCCCACAGAAACGGCCACAGCGUAUUCCUCAUUCACGACCUCUUCUGGCGAUAAUUCACAGGGCUCUGAAUCUUUGAGCAAUAAGAAUGGCGCUGCCUUGAUUCUGUGCCGACAAAGUGCCGUCGCUUAUAGCUUGAUCACUCUGCCCUUUAUUGUUAUGUUUUCAUGA